UAAUUUAUUUUUGGAACCAAGUGCAAUACUAAAAAGAAAAUAAACCACACUACAUUAUUGGAAGCCAUUUCUUCUUGUUACAUUAAAGUUUAUGAUUUGAUUUGAAUACUAUCAUGGGAGGAGCUGUGAGUGCUGGGGAAGAUAAUGAUGAUUUAAUUGAUAACCUUAAAGAAGCUCAGUAUAUCCGAACUGAGAGAGUAGAGCAAGCCUUCAGAGCCAUUGAUCGUGGUGAUUAUUAUUUGGAAGGCUACAGAGACAAUGCUUACAAAGACUUAGCCUGGAAGCAUGGAAACAUACACUUGUCAGCACCUUGCAUUUAUUCUGAAGUUAUGGAAGCACUGAAACUUCAACCGGGAUUGUCUUUUCUUAACCUGGGAAGUGGAACCGGAUAUUUAAGUACAAUGGUGGGAUUAAUUUUAGGUCCUUUUGGAAUAAAUCAUGGGAUUGAGCUUCAUUCAGAUGUGGUGGAAUAUGCCAAGGAAAAGUUGGAGAGCUUCAUCAAAAAUAGUGAUAGCUUUGAUAAAUUUGAGUUCUGUGAACCUGCAUUUGUGGUUGGUAAUUGCCUCCAGAUAGCAUCUGAUAGUCAUCAGUAUGACCGAAUUUAUUGUGGAGCUGGAGUCCAGAAAGACCAUGAAAACUACAUGAAAAUCUUACUAAAAGUUGGAGGCAUACUUGUUAUGCCUAUAGAGGAUCAGUUAACACAGAUUAUGAGAACUGGACAGAACACUUGGGAAAGUAAAAAUAUCCUUGCUGUUUCAUUUGCUCCACUUGUUCAGCCAAGUAAGAAUGAUAAUGGCAAACCAGAUUCCGUGGGACUCCCCCCUUGUGCUGUCAGGAAUCUACAAGACUUGGCCCGCAUUUAUAUUCGGCGUACACUUAGAAAUUUCAUAAAUGAUGAGAUGCAGGCCAAGGGGAUUCCUCAGAGGGCUCCACCCAAGAGGAAAAGAAGGAAAGUCAAACAGAGAAUCAACACUUAUGUGUUUGUGGGUAAUCAGCUUAUUCCUCAGCCUCUAGACAGUGAGGAGGAUGAAAAAAUGGAAGAAGAUAGCAAAGAAGAGGAAGAGAAAGAUCACAGUGAAGCCUUGAAGCCAGAGGAGCCUCCUCAAAAUUUACUAAGAGAAAAAAUCAUGAAGCUUCCCCUCCCUGAAUCUUUGAAAGCUUACUUAACAUAUUUUAGAGACAAAUAACUUAAAUCAAGAGAAAAGAAUGCCUACUGAUAAUUCCUUUAGUCUUGAAAAUGUAGCAAUUAGUAGGAGUUUUAAGAGAGAGAGUUACUUCUUUCAUAAGAGUGAAUUGUAGUAGAAAAAAAGUAUAACUUGUUUCUGUCAGUAACAAAAAUGAUGUAUUCAGUGAUUUAAGAGUCUUUUUUCUAAAAUCUAUUUUUCUUUAAACCUUGGGAAAAUGCUGUUGUAACUCAGAGUGAUUUCAAAGUGGAAUGCAACAACACUUAACACUUUGUCUACCAUAAAGCCCUUUCUGAUUCCUUACAGAUUUGUAGUGGUGAGGGUUAGAUUUAAUUUUAUAUAAGGUUUAAAUAAUUGUUAAGUAUAAUAUAACUUAAUAUUCUGAUUUGAAUUGCAGUUGUUUGCAUUUCCUUUAGAAGAAUUUUCUGAUAGACUUAGUUACCUUACCUUGUUGCAAUCACUCUUGUUGAGUUGCUGUAGAUAUAUUCCGGGCAAUGUAUGAGUGCAAUAAUAAUGCAAGAUAUUGAAUCAUUUAGCUUUAAAAAAAACCCACGAACUUCAUGAAAUUUUGCACCCCUACAACUUUUGCUCUUGCCAAAAGACAUGGGGAAAAUACCUGCUUCUCUCAUAGCGAUUUUAAGAGCACAGUAAGCCCAUAUUGAAGUAGAAAAAUGUGUAUUUAGUACUACUCCUGAUUUGUAUGGGCCCUUCACAUCUCCAGUAUUUAAAAUCAUGACAUUAUCUUAAAUCUAGAAUUUCAAAAUUUUCUGUGUUUAGGAUUUUUUUCCUGUAGUUCACUGUUUAAAGUAUUUAAAAAAAAGAAAUCCUUAUCCUGCCUGUCUCUGAUUGUACAGACAGUAUGUAAAUGGAUAAGCAUGAAUGACCACCACUUUCAUGGGUAGAACCAAGUAGCAGGGCCAAAGCGGUGUGGUCAGUGGAUGCACUUUAGCAAAUAGGACUCCUACUUUAUCUGAGUAUUUAUCCUUGACAAGGUAGGGGUGAGCUUGCCUAUAUUUGCUUUGGAUCUUUCUAGCAUAAAUAGUCACAAGAAUUGUGUGGAGAUUGCUUUGUGUUGCAAAUCUGGUUCAGAAUUAUAGUGUAAUCUCUGGGACCGACACCAUGUUCACUUAAUUUCAUCCUGUAUUUUUCUAUUUCUUUGGUAAAAUCAUAAUAAUGUUUUUUUCUUUUCUUUCUUUCGUCUUUUUUUGCUUACCGGUACAUACUUAAGCUUCAUAGCUUUUCAGUGAUAAGACCGGUAGUAAAUGCAAUUAAAUUUUUUCUUCUAGUAAGUCUAGGAACAGUCAUUCCUUGUUAAGAAAGUGUAUAAUAUAACAUAUUUACUAUGUAGUGUUACAUGGAUUAUAUAUAUUUUUAAAGGGAAAACUUUGAGUAUCAGUACCACCAGCACCACUGUUCUGAAAGCUGCUCAUAUUUGCUCAAGGAGACUCAACCAUUGUAGAAUGAAAAGGGUCAUUAUCUCCUCACUGUUUGAAAAAUUUCAGCUCCAAUAAAUCUACACAUCUACGAUAGUUGUUUAAAGUAAUCUAAACGUAAAAUCAUCCCAAAUAAUUGCAAAUACUUUAAUAAUGUAAAAGACAAUUUCACACAAGGCAUUUGUUUUAUACCUGUGUCUGAGGUGCAUGUGUGGGGUGUUUGUGGAAUUAGGGGAGAGUACAGUUUUUCUUAGAUGAUUACUAAACUUUUAUUAAGAAAUGCCUCAUAUCAUUUCGGUCUAAAAGAAAAUGUCUUUCAUAUCUAAGUGUUCAUUUUGUUUGGAUUAUUUUACACUUUUAAUAGAUCUUGAAAACCUGGGAAGUUUUCCUGUAUCUGCCCCCCUCUCCCAUUUUAUUGUUAUUGUUACAGGAGCUGGUGUCAGAAUUUGUAAAAAAUAUAUGUUCUUCAAUGAUGAUAUAUUUAGGAGAGUUUUUAUUAAGGAUGUAUUUGAAAAUUGAUGUUUCCAGUAUUGUCUUUCAUUCUAUUGACCUUGACAAAAUACACAGUAGAUUUUCCUGAUGAUUGCAUUUUUUCUCAGUCACUGAAAUGUAUCUUUUAUGUUUUUAUGUACAUUAUUUUACAGGUGUGACUUUAUCACUGACUUUAAAAAAAGAGGUAGAAUUAAGUGGAAAUUCAAGUGAAACCUUUCUUAUUAAUGCAGAUAUAUUGGAAUAAGAAUAUUUUGGGUGUGUGUUUAUUUUUUAAUGAAUUCAUGUUUACUUGAGAAUGGAAAACUAUGCUUUAUAAGUGGAGAAGUAGUAAAUGAACAUGAAAUAAGAGUAAAUAAAAGUGAUGAGGAAUAUUGUCUUGGAAUUUUAUAGACAGAUAAAACAUUAGCUAUCAGGCAGUCUAGGUCUUUAUUUUGUAGAAGACAAAGUAGACCUAAAGAGGUGGCAUGUUUGCCUACAUCAUACAGCUAGUUGGAGAAAAGACCUGAAAUAACAUCUGGCAUCAGAUAAACCUCAAGAAUCUGUUGAUGGCACCCUAGCUACCAAGAAGCUAAAUGUAGUGCUUAUUGGCCAGCAUAUUGGCUUCUGAUUUUAAUAAAGAAAACAUCAAAGUAGCAUACACAAUACUUAAAAUACAAGAUGUGUGUUGAUUUCUAGCAGUUUGAGAUGAUAAAAAGCAGAUCCUGUUAUAUCAUUGAAAAACUUGGAAAAAUCAUGUUAAAUAAACAAUGACAUAAUUAAACAUCA